AUGAUUGGAUGUAUCAUCUCGUGUUUGUUAACUUUUGAGCUCAUAUGCAUUCGUGAGUUCGCCGCGUCGCGAGCCUCGGGGAGGAGUGAGACGAUUACAAGUGAAACCAACUAUAGCAUACCAAACAGCAACUUGGCAGAGCGGACGUCAGUAUCGGAUCUCGUUGGACCGACGGAAAAGGCAUUCAAAUCGCAAGACGCGACACUCACGGACCGAAACCAAUCGUCACGGUCCCCGUACAACCAAUCUCCGCAAACUUCAAGUGGUGACCAAGACCGGAAGUCGCCAAGGCUUUAUUUGUCCCGCGCAAUCAUCGCCACCAUGAGUCAGCAUUCGCAAGUCAAGAACAAUAAACGCUUGAAUGUAACAAACUCAACCCAUAACUACGUGGAUGUCGAGACAGUUACUUUCAAGGAUGAGAAACCGCAAAAAAGAGUGGGAACAAAUCCCGUUACGCUGUUGAACGAUAAGCCCGUAAGCUUCCAAGAAAAAAAUGCUUUUUUGAGACUACAAUGGGCGACCUUAUUACCUACCCGACUGCAG